AUGCUCAUAGGCGAGGACGAGGACACGGGGCAGCAGGGCAGCACAGGCGUUGGCAUAGGCGUUGGUGGCUCGACUACAGUGUGGACCGUGGCCAUUCUGGCGAGCGUUUUCGUCAAGUGGGGCACCGGUCUGGGCAGCUGGAGCGGCAAAGGCUCGCCACCUCUCCAUGGCGACCUCGAAGCCCAACGACACUGGAUCGAAAUUACGCUACACCUUCCGAGGUCUCAGUGGUACUUUUAUGAUCUGCAAUAUUGGGGUCUCGAUUACCCCCCGCUCACUGCCCUUGUCAGCCAGUGGUGUGGUCAAGUCGCAUCCUUGAUUCCAGGAUUGGCACCUUCUUUUGCCCUCGUCUCGUCUCGUGGUGCCGAAUCGCCCGCGCUCAUCACUUACCUUCGCUCCACGGUACUCUUCCUUGAUCUCCUCGUAUAUACCCCAGCGAUUCUCUUCUUCCUUUCGAGAAAGCUGCAAGGAAGGGGUCGACGCACCAAGGCCGUAGCGACCUUCACGCUCCUCCUCCAACCCUCACUAAUCCUCAUCGACCAUGGUCACUUUCAAUACAACGCCGUCAUGCUCGGCUUGGCUGCACUGUCGUUUGCGCUUCUUUACACGAGCUUGCCCAAUCCCGACAUUGCAUCCUCUUCCAAAUCGCCAGCAUCAGCCUUGAUCGAUCUCAAGAACAAGACGAGGAGCCUGAGCAAGCGCGUCAGCUACGAGUACAUUGCCGCCGCCGUCUUCUUUUCCCUCAGCUUGUGUUUCAAGCAGAUGGCCCUGUACUACGCUCCGGCCGUCUUUGCGAUCAUGCUUGGACGGUGUUGGGGUCUAGCCACGAUUGGCUUUGAACGAGGUCUAAUCUGCCUCUUUGGCAUCGGUCUGGCCACUAUCAUCACAUUCGUUACCGUCUUUCGCUCCUGGAUCACCGAUCUGGAACAGCUAGGCCAGGUCAUCCACCGAAUUUUCCCAUUGGCCAGAGGCAUCUUUGAAGACAAGGUAGCCAACUUGUGGUGCUUCCUCUCCGUGCUACCAAUCCCUGCGCGCUACAAGCUCAAGAAUGCCGUCGAGGCCAGCACCCUGGCCAAAGUCAGCCUUGCGACGGUCCUCGUGGUCAUUCUUACACCUUGCUUUCACCUCUUUGCAGCUGGCGCCGAGACGGCUAGGAUAGAGAUGUCGCUGAAUGAGGAUGCGCAGAAGCUAAGGGAUGCGUCGGAAAGGAGGCAAGCUUCUGCUUCGACAACAGCUGGGUCCACAACAGCGAGGCGGAGAAGAGACGGCGCAAAGGGGAGAACAAUGUCCAACGCUGCCCCCUCGGAAGUCGGCAGCGAGAUCGCAAGUGUCUUAAGCGGCGGCGGCGGCGGCGGCGGCGGCGGCGGCGGCGGCCGAGACGCGGAGAGACCUUCGUCUGAGAUGACAGUCGUCGACCGAACCACGUCGGUCCUGGGAAACAGCAAGCCAGUCGCUUCAUCAUCGCCCUCGCCAGCCGCCUGCAUCUUGCCGUAUGCGCUUCUGAGCGUCAGCCUCGCCUUCUUCCUCUUUGGUUUCCAGACGCACGAAAAGAGCAUCUUGCUGCCCCUGUUGCCUCUUUCGCUCCUCAUUUCGGCAAAGGGCGACGGAUGGGGCGCCGGCGCCGGCAAGGAAGACUUCGAGUGGGCCAUGCUGGGCAACAACGUGGGCGCCUUCAGCAUGUUUUCCCUCCUUGAGAGAGAUGGGCUUGCAAGCCAGUACUUUGUGCUGCUCGCCCUGUGGAACUGGAUCGUGGGGCAUCGACCGUUCUCUGGUCUAUACGGGCCGCGCAAGACGUUUGUUGGCUGGUUCGGCGCCGUCCUGCAUGCUGCCAUGCUCUCUCUCCAUCUUCUCGAGCUCGUCGUCUUUCCCAUUCUCCUCUCGUCUCCAUCUACGUCAGGCGUGCUCGACCGGCUCCUGCAGAGAUACCCCGACAUAUUUGCAGUCCUCAACGUUCUCGUGUCUUUCCCGGCCUUCUUCAUCCUCUGGCUGUGGUCGAUGAAGAGGCAGAUCGAGGUGGGCUUUGCAAAUGGCAUUUCCGCCUUUGGCAUCAUGUAG